UAGUAUAGUAGACUUUCACAGUUGUGAGCCAUGUUUUCAUAUUAAUUACCCUAAUAAAAAAAAUGCUAUUAUUGUGUGUUAAUUAAAAGGAAAACAAAACGAUGAUUUAAAAAAAACAGAACAGAAACUAAGCUAGGAAAUCUCAAAUGUGUGCGCAGAUUAAAUAUUAUAUUCCUAUCAAAAUAAAUAAAUACUUGUAUACUGUGCAAAAGAAAUGUAAACAAACACAGGUAGGCGCGUUUAGCGAGAACCAAUCACGAUGUAGUUAACAGCGCUUCUUCGGACACGACAAUCGACUAGCCGAAGUUUCAAGGUAUAAUGCGCUCUAACGGGUCGUCAAUUAGGGCUAUAUAAACCAGCAAUUUCUCAAUUUGUCAGGUCAUUCAGCACUUGUCUAUUGAUCAGCAAUCAUGUCAGGAAGAGGCAAAGGAGGAAAAGGUCUUGGAAAGGGGGGCGCCAAGCGUCACAGGAAAGUCCUUAGAGAUAACAUCCAGGGUAUUACCAAGCCCGCCAUCCGUCGUCUUGCACGUAGAGGUGGAGUCAAACGUAUCUCUGGACUCAUUUACGAGGAGACCCGUGGUGUAUUGAAAGUUUUCCUUGAGAACGUGAUUCGUGAUGCUGUCACCUACACCGAGCACGCCAAGAGAAAGACAGUCACAGCCAUGGAUGUUGUCUACGCCCUCAAGAGACAGGGACGCACUCUUUACGGAUUCGGUGUGGGCCAGGCGGGAAGCUUCAGCGGCGAUUCUCUCGAAAAUGUCAUUGACAAACGAGUUCAUGAUGCUCAUAGCUUUGCUGGAAACGCCAGUGUCUGGGUGGACCUGCUUCAGGACUUUAUGUCAGGACGUGGUAAAGGAGGCAAAGUGAAGGGAAAGGCAAAGAGCCGAUCCUCCCGUGCGGGACUUCAGUUUCCCGUGGGUCGUAUCCACCGUCUGCUGAGGAAGGGGAACUACGCCGAGAGAGUGGGAGCCGGCGCCCCCGUGUACCUGGCCGCCGUUCUGGAGUACUUGGCCGCCGAAGUCUUGGAAUUGGCAGGCAACGCCGCCCGUGACAACAAGAAGACCAGAAUCAUUCCCCGUCACCUGCAGCUGGCCAUCCGCAACGACGAGGAGUUGAACAAACUUCUGUCCGGCGUGACCAUCGCCCAGGGUGGUGUCCUGCCCAACAUCCAGGCCGUGCUCCUCCCCAAGAAGACCCAGAAACCCGCCAACACCGCAGCUCCCGCGAAAAAGAAGGUUUCCAAGCCCAAAGUGCCCGCAGCGCACCCAAAAUACAUCGACAUGAUCAAGGCUGCCCUCGGGUCACUGAAAGAGCGUGGUGGAUCUUCUAGACAAGCCAUUCUUAAGCACCUGAUGGCCAAUUAUAAAGUGGGCAAUGACGUCAACUCCAUCAAUGCUCACCUCAAAAUGGCCCUUAAGAAUGGAGUCAAAAAGGGUGCGUUGAAGCAAGCCAAGGGUAAAGGUGCCAGCGGCUCCUUCAAGCUUGGAGAUAAGCCCAAGGCUGAGCAGAAGCCUAAAGCCAAGAAAGUAGCCAAACCAAAGGCUGCCAAACCUAAGAAGGCUGCUGCUGCUGCCAAGCCCAAGAAGGCGGCCGUAGAGAAAAAAGUGAAGAAGACGCCAAAGAAACCAGCCGCACCCAAGAAGGCCAAGACUCCCAAGAAGAAGGCGGCAGCCAAGAAGCCCGCAGCCAAGGCCCCCAAGAAGGCCAAGAGCCCCAAGAAGCCCGCCGCCAAAAAAUCCAAGACCCCCAAGAAGAUGGCACGUACAAAGCAGACCGCAAGAAAAUCUACUGGAGGCAAAGCCCCACGAAAACAGUUGGCUACUAAGGCCGCCCGUAAGAGCGCCCCAGCCACCGGUGGCGUCAAGAAGCCCCACAGAUACAGGCCAGGAACUGUCGCUCUUCGUGAGAUCAGACGGUACCAGAAAAGCACUGAGCUUCUCAUCAGGAAACUCCCAUUCCAGCGUCUGGUCCGUGAAAUUGCACAGGACUUCAAGACCGAUCUGCGUUUCCAGAGCUCUGCCGUUAUGGCCCUUCAGGAAGCUAGCGAGGCCUACCUUGUAGGACUUUUUGAGGAUACCAACUUGUGCGCUAUCCACGCCAAGAGGGUGACCAUCAUGCCCAAGGAUAUCCAGCUUGCCAGACGUAUCCGUGGCGAGCGAUCAGCAAUCAUGUCAGGAAGAGGCAAAGGAGGAAAAGGUCUUGGAAAGGGGGGCGCCAAGCGUCACAGGAAAGUCCUUAGAGAUAACAUCCAGGGUAUUACCAAGCCCGCCAUCCGUCGUCUUGCACGUAGAGGUGGAGUCAAACGUAUCUCUGGACUCAUUUACGAGGAGACCCGUGGUGUAUUGAAAGUUUUCCUUGAGAACGUGAUUCGUGAUGCUGUCACCUACACCGAGCACGCCAAGAGAAAGACAGUCACAGCCAUGGAUGUUGUCUACGCCCUCAAGAGACAGGGACGCACUCUUUACGGAUUCGGUGGUUAGAUACUCUUAUCACCGUUUGUGCAUCCCAGCGCAAAAACAAAACGGCCGUUAUAACGGCCACCAAAUUCUUUGAAAAGACGCCUCUAUGAAACGUUAUCAAGAGAAACGGUUACCCUGUAUUGUACUUUUAGUUAACAA